GCUGCUUCUGCGUAAUUAUCCCCUAACAAAGUACUUAUAGCUCGCCGCUGGAACUCGCUGUUGACCAGCGCCGGCCCUCCUCGUCCCCGCUUCCCACUAGUUCUUUUCAUGAUGAGGUUGCCGCCGCGCACGCUCCUCUGUGCUCUCGGUCUCUCCGUCGUCGACUUGGUUCACGGCUUGCCGCUGGAUUUCCCCUACCACGCACUAUCGCUCCGGCAGCCCUCAGGCAGUACUCUGCAUCCGUCCCCAUCAUCUGGUCUAACCGUCUCCCACGGCAAGAGGGAUCUCGAAGAACGUCAAGACUCUGGUGGACUGCCCUCCCCCCUCUGCUUCCCCGCUCUUGGUUUCCCAAAGCCCCUGGUGCCGCCACUCGACAACACGCACUGGUGGUGCGACCCCUCGACUGAAUACGCGUUUGUGGGUUUUAGCUACGAAGUGACUGACUGCCAGAGCCGGGAACGCCUCAUUGAAGAGUUCCGCGACAUACGUUACCAUUUUAACUCUCGAUACGUCCGUCUAUACGGCGCCUGCGACCGGGAAGGCUUCUACGAUGACAUCGUCGCAGCAGCAUGGGAGAAUUCCUUGGGCGUGCACGCCCUCGUCUGGUUCGGCUUCGACGGCUCCGACAUCUGGAUCUCGCGCCGCGACGCGCUCUUCGCGUCACUGCACGCGAACCCGCUCGCCAAGUUCGUCACGCGCGGCGUGCAGUUCGGCUCCGAGCCGCUGUACGACAACGUCCUGCCGCACCAGCAGCUCGCCGAGCAGGUGCUCCUCGCGAAGGCGAACCUCAGCAGCCUGAAUAUCCCGGUGACAGUCAGCGAGCUCGCGUACGGGUACCAGGAGCGCGGGGGCGCGCAGGACGUGUUGGACGCCGUGGAUUUUAUUAAUAUACAUAUGUUGCCGUUCUUUUCGCAGAAUGCUAGUACAGCGAAAAAUGCGUGGCCGUUGGUGAUGAACGACCUUAACUGGUUUAUCAAGCAUGGCGAUGGCAAGAAGAUGUACUUUGAUGAGAACGGCUGGCCGUCGGUGACGUCCCCCGGUGUGCAGCCAAACAGCCCGAACGCCGUCGCCGACGUCAAGAACGAGCACGAUUAUUACGUGCUCCUCGACCAGCACUGCGAAGACCUCAAAGCCGUCGAGGGCGGCGGGAUCGGCUGGUUCGCGCACAUCUACUCGGACUACAUGGAGCCCGGGUACGGCAUCUACAAUAGCUCCAUGCGCAUGAAGUUCCCGUUCCAGCCGCGGACGGCGUGCUAGCUUGGGUUUCGCUGGUCAGCUUAAUUCGGGAUAGAGGGGUUUGGGUUUCCUCCGUUGCGCUUCUAACAUAGACCUUCAUUAGUCCUCGUACAUAUAUCGCCUCCGCCUUCUGCAUGGGCGGGCAUACACUCGUUUAGUCGACCGCUCGUAAUUUGCAUACGUACAUGUGUAUUUGUAACCGCAGUAGCAGUGUCUUGAAUAGCAAAUACCAAAAGGUUGUUUUCGUGUCCUC